AUGGUUUUUAAGCCAUUCACUCAUCUCGCGCGUCAGACUUUCUCCAAGACCUUUGUCCACGGCUACGCCCAGUCUGUCGUUGCCGCCUCUCAAUCCUCAUACGCUCCCUCAGCUUCCUCCCUAAAUCAGAUCACAUCAAUCCCACAGACUGUAAAGUUCACUCGCACUGCACAGCUCCAGAACGCUUUCCAGAAUGCUUCUGGCUCUUCGUCCAGCGCCGGUGGUGCAAAGGCCGGCCACACUGCUACCGGCACUACCAACGGUGACUCCGGUCUAGCCGCAUACUACGCCGCCUGGCAGCAUGCUCAGCAGACCGGGGACGACAGCGACUGGAAGCAGUUCCAGUUCACCAAGCGCAUUGGCUGGAAGCCGACCAAGGAAGGGAAGGAAACCUUAGAGGACUCGGAUGUUGAUCAGCUCGCUGCCUCUGUCUCGAGGGCACGGAGUCGCAGUGAAGUUCGCUCCUCGAGGAAAGUUGAGAGUGCUCCAGUGGAUAAGGAUGUCAGUGCAAAGGUUGACGAGGCCGUUGCCAGAGAGAUCCGAGAGAUCCAGGAGGCACACGCUCUCGCCGAGUCUGAACAUCACUCUUCGGCCAUCGAGUCCGGAAGUGAAGUUUUCGAUGUCGAGAGUGGUGACCAAUCCCACCAGACCCCGGCUUCCUCUGUUCAAGGGGCCACCAUCGUCUCCCCCAGAACCCCAGUCAACGAUCACUCCAUUUACGAGAAAAAACGGAGUGAGUCUCGGUCCGAUGGAGUCGUCAAGUUGGCCAAGGAUGGAGAUCACGCUCAGGUCCCAGCAGCUUUCGAGAGCCUCUUGAGGGACGGUGUCAAACCCACGGCGGCCGCUUACAAUGCCCUUCUUGAGGCUGCCAUCCACCUUCACCCAGAGACGCACAAUGCCGUCCCCAAGGCUCUCGAUGUUUAUUCUGACAUGCUUCGUCGAAAUGUUAUGCCUGAUGAGAACACGUACAAAAUCAUUGUCCAACUCUUGUCUACCCGCUCCUUGGACUGCCUUCGUAUGGCCAAGGACCUAGAGCAAUCUCGAGUACGAUUCGGUGGUAUGGAAGAGCCUGGCAAAUUCAUCUUCCAAUCUAGCGAAGUCGAGCGCGAGCUCUUGGCCGAGGACCAUUCUUUCCCUAUCGCCCUCAAGCUGUUCAAUGUUGCUACCACCCGACACCCCGAAAUCGCCUUCCCGCUCCCCGUCUACCGCUCCCUCCUGACUGCCUGUGCUAUGCAGGGGGAUAUCGACCAGAUGAUUGAGAUCUUCGCACACAUGGAGGCCAACAAGGUCGCCCCUCACGCUGCUAUGUUCCCACCCAUGGUCGACACUUUCUCUAUGAAAGGCGAUUUCAAGAGCGCGGUCGAAUGUUACAAUGAGUACAAAACUUUAGCUAUUGCUGACAAUAACGGAAACUUUGCCAUCGUCGAACGCCAGGACGCUGAAGUGUACGCCUCUGUCAUCAAGGCUUACUUAUCCUGUGGUAAGACAGACGGGGCCCGCCGCUUCUUCGACAAGAUCCGUGCUUCCUUUGACGGUGUGGAGAAACAGGCGGAACGUCUCCAGGCAGUUGAAGAGGUGAUCGUCAAGGAUGGAUUUGUUCAACACUCCCUCGACAACCGUAACUAUGCUUCAGCCUUGCAAAUUGCCCAGACCCAGCUGCAGGGCCAGGCCCUGACAGAUGCAGCGUUAAAUAUCUGCGUUGCGGCAGCCGAUGCCAAUGACGUCUCCACCGCUACUAGUGCGUACAGUCUCCUGACCACGGAUGCUGCCACUUCCGUCGAGCCAGCUAUCGCUAUGCUCGCCCUCCACAUCCGUCAGGGUAGCCUUGACAUGGCCAAGCCCUUCUGGGACGUCCUGUCUUCGUGCUCUCGUGUCACUGCAAGCUUUAUUCAGCCUGUAGCCAUGUAUACCAUUGCAUUGCUGAAGAGCGGUCAGAUUGAGGAGGGUCUCAUGGAAGCCCGAAGCAUGUUCUCGCGCAUCCGAAGUACUAACUCUAGCUCUGCAACUAACGAUCACAAGCAGCGGGUCCGGGAGGAGAUUGAUGAAGCCGUUGACUUGCUUGGCCGUGUGCUUAUUCAGGCUGCUGCGCCGCUCUCACCUCAUUCCGCCAUGACGCUGAUGUGGUGCAUGGUUGAAAACGGUGGCCUCGUCUCGCCUGUUGCUGAGUAUGUUGUAGCUAGCCUCGGGCCAAUGGGAAUAUCCCACUUGACCGCUAGAGACCUUACUCUCGCCAUGCAGGCACAGGCUGGCAUUCUAGUCAAUGGUUCUACUCUGUUUGAUGCUGCACAUCCGCUCCGAUUUGUGCACAUGCUAGAGGUUGCAAUGAAUGCCGGCCUUCGCCUGGAUGACUACACCAAGCAGCUUCUGGACCAAGGUGUUACAAAGUUGGGAGAUGUCCGUCCAGAUAUCGUGCAGAAAUGGCACCAUUAUAUCCAUGGAAGUGCUCCCACAUUCACCACUCCAUCGUACAAUGCACCUGCCCCUGCCGCACCCCAAGCUCAGCCUGAGCCAUCUCCAGGACUAAAGCCAGCCAGGCCGGAGGACUCGUUUGACCCAUACGCUCACUCUACCGACUUCAGAGGCUCAUCGAUUAUCGCAGAGCUGCUUGAGUCUCCACGUGGACGCAUCGAAGACCAUCUCAACAAUGCCAUGGUCAAGUUUAAGAACAUGCGCCGAAUUGGCCGACAUCCCCGUUAUAUUACCUACGCCAAACUGAUUACUGCUGCCGCCAAGUGCGGACGCAUGAACAUGGUACAUGAGAUUCUGGGUAUGGCUAAACAUGAUGUUCCGCUGAUGCUACAGUACAGCGCUGUCAAGUAUGGCUGGACCUCUAUCCUGGAUGCCAUGGUUGCUGCCUGCCUCACCACUGGUGAGCGUAACCUGGCUGCCAAGUACCACCAGGAACUCUUGAACAUGGGUUCUGCUCCAUCUGCCAACACUUUUGGUCUUUACAUCACAACUCUCAAGGAGUCGACUAAGACAUUCGAUGAGGCCACCGAGGCGGUGAAGAUAUUCCAUCGCGCUACCUCUGAGGGGGUUGAGCCAACCUCAUUCCUUUACAAUGCCCUCAUUGGCAAAUUAGGAAAAGCUCGCCGCAUUGAUGACUGCUUGCUCUACUUCGCCGAGAUGCGUGCAAAUAACGUUCGACCCACCAGCGUCACUUAUGGAACUAUUGUCAAUGCACUAUGCCGUGUAAGUGACGAACGUUUUGCUGAAGAAAUGUUCGAUGAAAUGGAGUCAAUGCCAAAUUAUAAGCCUCGCCCAGCCCCUUACAACUCCAUCAUCCAGUACUUCCUCAACACCAAGCGUGACCGCUCCAAGGUGCUAGCAUACUACGAGCGCAUGAAAUCCAAGGACAUCCAGCCCACAAUGCACACCUACAAGCUUCUUAUCGAUGCCUAUGCUUCGCUCGAGCCCGUCAACAUGGCUGCUGCCACCGAGGUUCUGGAUUCCAUCCGUGCUUCCGGUCAGCUUCCUGAAGCCGUGCACUACGCUUCCCUCAUCCAUGCUCGGGGAUGCGUCCUUCACGACAUGGCCGGGGCCCGGGAAGCCUUCGAUUCUGCCCUCGCCCAACCUCACCUUCGCCCACAAGCAUGUCUUUACCAGGCCCUGUUCGAGUCAAUGGUGGCUAACCAUCAAGUCUCCGAUACUCCUGCCAUGCUAGCUGACAUGGCUGCCAACAAGGUUGCUAUGACUGCCUACAUUGCAAACACCCUCAUUCACGGGUGGGCUGCGGUAGGCAACGUCCGCAAUGCCAAAGCUGUGUACGAUGGCGUGGGAAUUGAAAAACGUGAGCCAAGCACAUACGAGGCUAUGACAAGGGCAUUCUUGGCUGCCGAAGAUCAUGCCGGCGCUGAUAGCGUGGUGCGUGAGAUGAUGUCUCGCGGCUAUCCUUCCGCAGUCACCGGGAAGGUGUUGGAUUUGGUCAAUGGUGGACAGUCAGCAUAGGCACAAUCCAUCUAAACCAGCCUUGUGUGAUGCAACGAAACAUAUACCC